AUGACGGGUAAACGUGGUCAGACUCCUACUGUCAGCAAACGUCAGUUACGCACCAAAAAUAAUAAGGUGAAAACGAAAACAGCUGAAAGAUACCACCAAUCACCAGAGGAACCGGAUACGUCUCAGAAUCGCAAAAGAAAAACGCCCGUCAAUCCGAAAUCAAGCGAGAAGAGACCACGGGUGUUAGCAGCUGAUGUACAAUGGUGCAUUCUGAACGUCAGUGAUCUUACUUUAAAGGUGUUUGCCCUGGAGUAUGGCCACUACAAUCGCAGGCGCUGCCACGCUCGCUAUAAGACAAUCCUUACGAACAUGUCCGAAGAAGAUCAUUCUCGCCUCCUUGAGGAAUUUGAAAAUUGGUGUCUCACGCUUGAUUGCACAGUGUUUUGGAAGGAACGCCAGCGAAUUCAUGCUUUGGAAACUACUGCGUCCAACUGCUCCCAACUGAUCAAUGAUAUGUUAUUAUCUGAUUCCCAGAGCCUUUUGGAGCCUCAGAAUCAAUCUCCAACAAUAGAAUCACCAACUCCACGUCCAACACAGGAAACAACUGCAUCACAACCUAUAGCAGCAACAACUACAACUGAUUUGGAUCAAGAGCAUGCUAAAAUUCGAAAAGGGAGUGACAACGAAGAGAAGCAUUGGAUUGUUGAUGGGAACGAUAUUACUUCUCUUUUCCAAAAAUACCGGCAUCAAGCAGACAUCAUUCCUAAGCCUGUCCCUUUGGAAUCGAACAUCCAGGAGAUAUUAGCCUUGUCGGGUGUACUCUUCCUGGCGAAUGAACAGCAUAGCGAACGCAAAGUGACUGUUUUUGGGGAACAAGUGCUCAAGAAUUUGCUAGAGUGUCAGACUCAAUCGCUACUCAGCAAAGUGCCACACAAUACCCCGAAUUGUACCAAUGAUGACUUCAUGGAAAUGGUGAAUGUGGUAUCCAAUAUUGACAAGGAGGGUAUGUCUCCAAAAAGUGCCAAUCUCCGCCUCUUGACUCUAGCCACUAGCAUGGAUCAAUUCAAGUCUAAUGUUGUCGAAGGCAUUGCUGAUUUGUCAAUAUUGUUGGUGAAACUACCGCUUGAACCCGUCGCAGACAAGAACCAAUUUGGAGAAGUAGACGUACAAACCAGGUAUUAUGAUCCAUGGCUGUCGUCCAUUUUGGCAGAUACUACGAAGAAGGUCGUAUUACGAUGGCCGAAUAAGAAGGAUACAUCAACCACUGGCAUUCGUCCAGACGCCAUUGUAUCUACCUUGCUCACCGUAUUAGCACGCAACAGCGUAUUGAAGUGUGACCAUCCCAUCCUCACUUCUCAAGCUUAUGGAUUUCAAUUAGUUUUUUACAUGACGCAAAUGAUACAUACUAAUUUCUUUACCAGGAUUGAAAUUGGCCGCAUCACCCUGCCUGAAUCAUUGUCCUGCCUUCACUCGUCCGUCACACUAAAAAAUAUCCGUACGCUAUUGCGCGUCACCCUUAUAUUUUGGCAUUGCUGUUACCAAGCAGAUUCACCAACAGUUGCCGUUGCACCUGUCAGUACGCUAUCCCCAAAGGUUACAUAUCCAAUCGAAGCCUCAACGUUUUCUCCCUCUGCAACUCCAGAUACCACACAAUUAUUGCAGAUGAUUAAUAACACCACUUCAAAGUCUCGUGACUAUAGCAUCCAGUAUAAUUAA